AUGAGAGCUCAGCCGAAGCCCGAUUCGAGCUUUGCGUCGAACCACCUUACACGAUAUGAUCUUAAGGGCGGCGAGCACCUGCUUUCUACGUUCAACAAGUCGCCUACCGAGAACGCUGCUCAACCUGCGACGGGACCCGACUCCAAGCCGGGGCAACCUGACACAGAUGACGAGCCCCAGAGCGAUUCCGAUGAUGUUCUCAGCACGAUGAGCUCCAACGCUAUUGAGGAACUUGACGUCAAAUCGGAAGUUGCAUCGAAGGAUCAAGCAAGUGCGUCUGAGACGGAUAUCGAGAUCCCUUCUAUCGAAAAUGAUUUUAAUUUCGACGAUGACGAUUUCAUGGGUAUUCAACCGAUGUCCCACUCUAAGGGCAAAUUGGAUGAGCCUGGGACGGACGAUGAACCGGUGAGCUCUAGCGGGUUCGAGUCCGACGAAAGUGCGGAAAUCAAAACGAAGAAAACAUUGCAAGAAAAGCUCGACGCGGAGAAGCUCAAGGACAAAGUCAAGAAAGCUCCUAGAAGGACAUAUAGCGAAAUAAAGAGUGACAAUGAGUCUGAGAAUGAGAUAUUUUCCUCUUGGAGGGAUAACUCGAAGCGGACGAAGAGGACCCAUGGCUAUUCAAGAACGAAAUCAGGUUCAACAUUCCCCGGUUCGAGCGCACGCUCUGCCGUUGCUACGCCGGACAAACUCUCACAGCAGUCCAAAAAGAAAAAGAAUGACAGCCCAAAGAAGCCGACCUUUCCAGCAUUCAGAAUGCCCACGCAAGUCGACAUUACUCGUCCCCCGAAUCCUCGCAGCGGCGACACUAAGGGAUCAACCGAUCUCACUGCCCCACAGGCCUCUAAUUCAAACUCUUCGCUUGGCACUGUAUUCUCAAAUGACCCACAAUCCAUGUCAUUAGACGAUACGUCCGGUUCAUCCCUCAGCUCCGCGCCCAGCUCUCCAGGCUCCCCAGCGCCUCGUCAGUCACUUUGUCCAAUGUGCAAGAAAGAAGUCGAUCCAGAACUACUCAUGCUAUUUGAAGCACAGCCAAAGCAGCGCAUUCGCGAACAACAGCAAUUCUGUGCCUCGCACCAGCAAAACACCGCCGAAAAAGAAUGGGAGGCGUCAGGAUACCCAGAUAUCAACUGGGAUACAUUCGACGAGCGCGUGCAGAAGCAUUACACGGAUCUGGAGAAGCUUUUGGUCCCAGACUGCACAUCUUAUUAUCGCAACAUUCUAGAUACAACGUUGAAAUCAGGGCAGGCCAAGAACUUCCGCCUUACGCUCACUGGCAAAGGAAUUGAGACGAUCUCCUGUGGAUACUACGGGACUAAAGGAGCGGCGAGGAUGUUACAAGCCAUUGUGGAUCGCUUCUCUUUGAAACUGCGUCGACUAGCAUCCUCCGACCAUAUUGUCAAGGCAGCUGGCGUAGCAGGCUACGCGCAAUCGGUUCUUGUACCCGAGCUCGCGGUCCGUCUGGUCAUGGAAGAUAUGGAUGUUAGUGAUGACGCUGCGCGCCAAAUCCUGCGGGAGAGCAUUCAACUUGGUCAGAGGCUUAAUCCUGCAGCAGAUGACUUUGUGCCGAUUCCUGUUGAUUCUGAAAACUAA